CCGUCUCCUUCCUCUGCAUUCCAAACACAGAGCAGUGUACUGUGUUGGUUUGAGCGAAAGAUGAAGGCUUUAGUCUGGGUCAUAUACUCUCUAGCGAACCCAUUUCUUCUUGGCGUCAUCGGCAUUGGAACGUGGUUGAGUUUUGACCAGUUCAAAUUUCAGAACCCUAAUGGAGCUUCCGACUUUGAUUUGGAAAGAUAAUCUGAUGGUUCAACUGAGACAGAAGGAUAUCAUUGAGUGAGAAUCUGUGAACACGAUCUCUACUUUGCACUUACUACAAUGGAUAUGGAUGGACACUCAGUUACUUGCUCUACCGUUCCGUCACCCUUAAUGAGAAAGCGGAAGGUCAAGCAUAUCUCUUCUCUCAACAUUCCAUUCAUUCUUUCAGUUCUGGUUAUGAUUUGCUUUGUAAUGGUGGUCAUUUUAGUGACUCCAUAACUUGACCUUCUUUCCUUUCACGUUGGAUGCUGCUUUUGAAGGUGGAAAUGCUACCCUCAGCGUUCUUACGACCACUCCAUUCAGGACCUGGACCAUCAUGGAACUUCAUGGAGUCUGAGACAGUGGCCAUAAUUGGCCCUCAAAAUUCACCCGUGUAAUAGCUCACGUGGCAGAGAGAUUCCCUGGAGGCUUGUCUGAGGAGCUGAGAUUCGCCAUUAUGUCAUCUGCAACCUCCAAAGUGUUAAUCAUCGGAGAAACUUCCGCUGCCAUUUCCAGAUUCCGACCAAAAGCUCUUUUAUAUAAAAAAAAAUACCUUUCUUCCUUCUUCCCCCUUAUUUUACUCACCAAGUACCUCUCUGGCUGCCACACGUGCUUCACAUUCCACUAAAGUUAAAUAGUAAAGUUAUUUGUUUAUUCGUUUCCCGUUCUUUCCGUUUCCUUCCCCCUAACAUAGAGUAGAGUAAACACAAGCUUGUGUAAACACAUAGAAUAAUGAAGGUUGUGUCUGGGUUUUAUUCUUUAGCAGACCCAUUUCUUAACGUCGGCAUCAGUGGAGUUUUGAUCAGCCGUUAUAUCAAUUUCCAGAACUCUAAUGGAAGCUGCUGAAUUUGAGAAGAUGAAGCGGUUUCUGCUUCUGCUCAUCAUCUGCCGUGCAGUUCCUUUACAAGGACUCACCACAAGUGUCUCUGCGAGACCCCAAGUUCUGAACAUCGGCUCGGUUUUCACAUUCAAUUCUCACAUCGGUAGAGUCGUCAAAGUUGCUAUGGAUGCUGCUGUUGAAGACAUAAAUGCUAGCCCUAGCGUUCUUAACAAUACUUUACUCAAGAUCAUCAUGCAUGACACAAAAUUCAAUGGAUUCAUGAGCUUCUUAGAACCUCUACGGUUCAUGGAGUCCGAGACAGUGGCCAUAAUUGUCCCUCAGAGAUCAACAACCGCCCGUGUAGUAGCUCACAUUGCAACAGAACUAAACGUUCCUAUACUAUCCUUCACUGCCACAGACCCUGCUAUGUCUCCUCUGCAGUUCCCUUUCUUCAUCAGAACUUCACAGAAUGAUGUCUUCCAGAUGGCCGCCAUUGCAGACAUUGUUCACUUCUAUGGCUGGAGAGAGGUGAUAGCAAUAUACGGGGAUGAUGAUUAUGGCCAAAACGGGGUAGCUGCUUUGGGCGAGAAAUUGGCGGAGAAGCGCUGCAGAAUCUCAUACAGAGCAGCUUUGCCCCCCAAACCUACCAAAGAGAACAUCACUGACUUGCUGGUUAAGGUAGCAUUGAGUGAGUCACGGGUCAUUGUCGUUCACGCUUCUUUCAUCUGGGGCCUAGAGUUGUUCGAUGUGGCUCAGAAUCUUGGUAUGAUGGGCACUGGUUACGUGUGGAUUGCUACCAACUGGCUCUCUACAAUCAUCGAUACAGACUCUCCUCUGCCAUUGGACACAAUAAAUAACAUUCAAGGGGUCAUUGCGAUGCGCCUGCACACUCCCAACUCUAUCAUGAAGAAGAACUUCGUUCAAAGGUGGCAUAAUUUAACUCAUCUUGGACUGAACACUUAUGGACUGUAUGCUUAUGAUACUGUAUGGCUGCUUGCCCACGCCAUUGAUGAUUUCCACCAAAAAGGUGGAAUCGUUUCCUUUUCGAAGAAUCCUACUACAUCUGACCUUGGGGGUGGAAAAUUGCACCUUGAUGCUCUGAAAGUCUUUGAUAGAGGACAAAUAUUUCUUGAGAGCAUCUUACAAGUUGAUAGAAUUGGCUUAACCGGUAGGAUGAAGUUUACUAGAGACAGGAACCUUGUAAAUCCAGCAUUUGAUGUGCUUAAUGUCAUUGGCACUGGUUACAGGACCAUUGGUUACUGGUAUAAUAAUAUAGGCUUGUCUGUGACGCCGGCUGACGAGCUAGACAACACAUCUUUUUCAGGACUGAAGCUUCAUAGUGUUGUCUGGCCGGGACAGACAACAAAAGUUCCCCGUGGAUGGGUGUUCCCGAACAAUGGAAGGCGUUUGAGGAUUGGAGUUCCAAAACGUUACAAGUUCGAAGAGGUUGUCUCAGUCAAAACCAACGGGAUGAUCUCUGGCUUCUGUGUUGAUGUCUUCAUUGCUGCUCUCAACUUAUUACCUUAUGCAGUCCCGUUUGAGCUUGUAACUUUUGGGAGUGGUCAUGACAAUCCAAAUAACUCUGAGCUAGUGCGCUUGAUAUCAGCUGGGGUCUAUGAUGCAGGUGUUGGUGAUAUCACCAUUAUAACAGAGAGAACCAAAAUGGCAGAUUUUACUCAGCCGUAUGUGGAGUCGGGGUUAGUGGUGGUGGCUCCUGUUUGGAAGUUGGGUUCCAGUGCUAUGGCGUUCUUGAGGCCGUUCACACCUCAGAUGUGGCUUAUUGCAGCUGCGUCUUUCCCCAUAGUCGGUGCUGUCAUUUGGUGUCUGGAGCACAAACAGAAUGACCAGUUUCGAGGCCCUCCUCGUAGACAAGUCAUGACUAGUUUCUGGUUCAGCUUUUCAACUCUUUUCUUUUCGCAUAGAGAAACUACCACCACCAACCUUGGAAGAAUAGUUUUGAUACUAUGGCUAUUCUUGGUUCUCAUAAUCAACUCAAGUUAUACUGCAAGCCUCACGUCAAUCCUCACAGUCCAUCAGCUGUCUUCGCCAAUCAAAGGCAUAGAAACUUUGCAAACAAACCAUGAUCCUAUUGGGUAUCCAAAAGGCUCCUUUGUCAGAGAUUAUCUGAUUAACGAACUCAGUAUCCAUGAAUCAAGACUUGUCCCUCUCGUGUCUCCAGAGGAAUAUGAUAAUGCCUUAAGAAGUGGUCCAGGAAAAGGUGGUGUUGCUGCUAUUGUCGAUGAACGUGCUUACAUAGAGCUUUUCCUCUCAAACAUAUGUGAAUUCGGCAUAGUUGGUCGAGAGUUCACACAGCACGGAUGGGGAUUUGCAUUUCCGCGUAACUCGCCUUUGGCUGUAGACGUCUCUGUGGCGAUUCUGCAGCUAUCAGAAAAUGGAGAUAUGCAGAGAAUUAGAGACAAAUGGUUGCUGAGGAAAGCUUGCUCUCUGCAAGGCGCAGAGUUAAAAGUACAUAGGCUGGAGCUUAGUAGCUUUUGGGGAUUGUUUGUGAUGUGUGGAGGGACAUGCGUUCUUGCUGUUGCAGUGUAUACAGUGCUGAUGAUACGUCAACGUCCUGAAGAAGCAGAGCCGCAGAGGGGUUGACCGCUAGAAGAAGCAUCCACUCCUUUCUCUCCUUUUGUGAGAAAGAAAGAACAAGACGCCAAGGCUAUGUCAUUUAGGGAGAGGCAGCCUGAAGAUAUCUCUGUCAGUGGUCCGAGUGGCUGCAACUAAAGUGUUUCCAGCUCUAGUACGUAACUAUAUCUUUGUUGAUAAAACUUGGAUCAAAAUUCAAAACUGUUUGUUAAUAAUAAUCAUCAUGUCAAUUAGUGGAUGAUUAUGAUGUGUUCUAUUA